GCAGUGGAGGCGAAGUCGCAGUUUCUGGCGCGGAUGAGUCAUGAAAUCCGCACGCCUCUGAACGGCAUGAUCGCGGUCGGCCAGCUGCUUGCAGAGACGGCGCUGUCACCUGCGCAGUGGGACCUCGUCAGCACCAUCCGCUGCUCCGGCGAGACCCUGCUCACGCUCAUCUCAGACAUCCUGGACUUCUCCCGCAUCGAGGCCAACAAGAUGGUGCUGAGCAACGCCCCCUUCAGGCUGUCUUCGGUCAUUGAGGCCGCCAUGGAGAUUGCCGGCCUAGCAGCUGGCAUGAAGCGCCUCCAGGUGGCGUACCACAUAGCGGAGGGCGUGCCGCGAGUGAUGCUGGGAGACGCGCAGCGCCUGCAGCAGAUCCUGCUCAACGUGCUCAACAACGCCGUCAAGUUCACGGAGCAGGGCGCUAUCCUGCUGGAAGUCUGGGCUGAGCCCUUGCGCGUGACGGGCGCGACGCCUGCCGCAGAAGCGGCUGCGAAGGAGGCAGUCGCAAAGGCCGACGGCGCAGAGAUGGUUAUUCGCUUUAGCGUGCGCGACACUGGCAUCGGCAUCAGCAAGGAGGACCUGGGCCUCCUCUUCCAGUCCUUCUCUCAGGUGGAUGCGUCCCAGACGCGGCGCUACGGCGGCUCGGGGCUGGGCCUGGCGAUCAGCCAGAAGCUGGCGGAAGCCAUGGGCGGCCAGAUGUGGGCGGAGUCC